AUGAAGACCCCUCGACAGGGAGAAAAGCCGGCCAGACCUGCCGGCCAGACGCCGGGCAGCGAACUCAUCUGUUACAGCAUGUCCCUCCUGGCCUCUCACACAGUCUUCAUCUCCCAACAAAGGCCUUUAUCGGAGGAAGCAGAGGUGGUUGCCAUCCGUCUAGAGAACUCCCUUUUAUCGGAGUGCGAAGGCAGUUGCGAAAACGGAAGUUGUUACUCCUCGCCACCACGCCUCGAGGCACUUAGCACGGUUGCCUCCCCACAGUCUCCCCUGCCUUCGGCACCCACGACAACUGCGGUGACCCCGACGGCCGGGGUCCCUCGACCCCUCGAGGUUGAUAAGACACCGACGCAGGAGAGCACUGUGUCCGCGUCCAGCACUCCGUCUGCGCCUGCAGAA